AUGGACGUGGAACUCGAGGAGGAGGAGGAGCGCAUUUGCCUCAGGACCGCGGAGGAGGGACAGUUGGCCAACAUGGAUGACGACAAGCUGGUUUCAGACGAGGUGCACCUGCGCCAGUUGAGUGCGACGCCCUCGUCGGCCUUUUCGCUGCAACACAGUCGGGGAAGCAACACGAAAGAGGAGGCGCCUCCAGAAGGCGGCACCAUGGGUGGGAACUCAGCUGCUCCGGGAGAGGAGAGGGAACCCGAUGAGAGGGUAGUGCUGCGCCGGGCGGUGGACAAGGGAGCCGUCGCCUUGGCGCAAAUCGACGACCUAAAACUAGAGGGGGAUGAUGACGAUGAGGCGGCGGUGAAUGACGGGGAGGUUGAUGGCCUGGGUCUAAGUAAUCCUGCUGCGCAGACCACGGAUGAUGAGCAGAUUACGGUCAACGGAACUGGAGCAGCGGCCACAUCCUCGGUGGCAGCCGAUGCCGCGUCCUCCGAGCAGGAUGCAGCCAGCACAGCGAUGGCCACUCCGGACAUGUCCAAAAUACCCCGACUUCCCGGCGACGGUGCCCAAAUGGAGGACACUGGCACUGGCGACCUGCCGCCAUCGCUGCGUGCCUCCACCACAUCAAUUUUGUCCAAUUUGCGCAAGAAACAGCAGGGCGGCCCCCUGCGCGGGGGCGUGGCCAAGCAGACGCCUCUGCGGGUGCAGUCCGUCCGGAUUGUGGAGGCCAAGCGGGCCUACGGACCCAAACGCCGCACGGAGAGCUGCAGCAUCUUUGGCAACAGCAAUUUCGAACACGAUUUGGAAUCGGGAAACUCACUAGCCAGCAUUGCUGGUCAAUCGCAGCGUCCUUUAAACAACGAGAUGUAUUCCGCUUUCAAGAGCGGCAACGUGGUCAAAGGAAUCCUGUGUCCUUCGCUGACCAACUCCUUCAAGCAGAGCUCUCUGGAACGAUCCUACCUGACCUACACGCACCGACAGCGCCAGAAGUCCCUUAUCAUUGUGAACGUAGUUGACUUUGUUCUAAAAAUUGUUUUGGCUUUUGUCUGGAUAAUGCGGCGAAGUGAACUGGGACCCAUUGAAAGCGAGGAUGGAACGAGCAUGGCGACGGCCAUCACUUGGUCGGUGUGCUGCGGGAUUGCCAACAUGGCCAUCUGCUUUUUGGGCUACUGGCGCUGCUUUGCCAACAACUAUUUGCACUGGGCGGCGGUCUGCACAUGGGUGCUCUUCAACAUCCAGGGAUUCGUUGGCCAAGGCGUGGGAUUCGCGGAUCGCGAGUACCUGGUCUGGUACAUCCUGUUCGUCAUCUUCGUGCCGUAUGCGAUGCUCCCACUGCCCCUGAAGUGGUGCGUUGUGGGCGGAACCAUCACGGCCAGCUGUCACCUGGCCGUAAUUACCAUCAUCAAACUGCAGCACGGCGAGGCCACCAUAAAUCCCGAGUGCGUGCUCUUCCAGAUCUUUGCCAACUUCAUUCUGUAUACGGCCAUCAAUGUGGCCGGUAUGUACACAAAGUAUCUCACGGAUCGCGGACAACGACUGGCAUUCAUAGAAACCCACAAGGCAAUGGAGCACAAAAAGGAGUCGGAAAAGGAGCUACAGCGCACUCAAAAACUACUGGAUUCAAUUCUGCCCAACAUCGUGAACAAUCAAAUUCGCAGCGAAAUGUACAAGGGCACGGAUCCCACGGUGGAGACGCAGUUCAACAAAUUGUACGUUUAUCCCAUGCACAAUGUGAGCAUUUUGUUCGCCGACAUUAAGGGUUUCACCGAGUUGGCCAGCAAAACUUCCGCCCAGCAGCUGGUGAAAAUCUUAAACGACCUGUUCGCCCGUUUCGAUCGCAUUGCGGAGGACAACCACUGUCUGCGUGUGAAGCUGCUGGGCGAUUGUUACUAUUGUGUGUCCCAGUUCGAGAGCGACAACUGGAAGACGCGGCCGGAUCACGCGGUGUGCAGCGUGGAAACUGGCCUGCACAUGAUAAAGGCCAUUAAGGAUGUGCGCCUGCACACGCAUGUGGACCUCAACAUGCGAAUCGGCAUACACAGCGGUUCAGUGAUGUGCGGCGUCCUGGGCAACAAGAAAUGGCAUUUUGACGUCUGGUCUAAUGAUGUUAUCAUUGCGAAUCACAUGGAAUCCGGCGGAAUUCCCGGAAGAGUCCAUAUUUCGGAGGCGACGCUCAAGUGCCUGAACGACGCCUACGAGGUGGAACCGGGAAACGGCGGCUGUCGGGACAAUCACCUCAAAAUGCUGAACGUUAAGACUUACCUCAUCAAGCGCACUGAGCCAUUGAGACCCAAGCGGCGCUUUGGCACACGCAGCAGCGCCCAUUUGGCGGGAAGUGUGGCCACUGCCGCUGCCCCCUGCACCACGCCCACCGCCCUGCCCAAAUCAAUCUCAGCCAGCGGAAGCGGAAGUAUCGGCGGGGUCACCGCGACGGGCAACGAUGGCGCCAGCAUCGACGGACGGAGUCUGGAGUACGCGGCCACCAUUGCUGUGCCCGCCCAGCAACCCACGCAACUUCUUCAGCAGCAGCAGAAGAAGAACAUAUCCCUGAACUCCCUGCCCAAUGUGGUCGAGGGCGUGGCCAUGGACAGUCGCAGGAUUAGGAACGGCUGUGGCGUAAUGGGAGGAGCAGGUGGCGCCGGAGGCGGUGGAACGGGCCCAUGCGGCAUGUCCACCGUGUCCUCGCCCACGGCCAUGAUGUCGGCUCCUCUGGAAGUGCAGCUGCGACCCAGGAACGGAGCCUGUAGCAUUCAAAAUCUGGCGGAGGCCAUCGACGGCAAGGGUCUGAUCAUUGAGGAUGAGUCCACCACCGACUGGAUACCCGAGAUUCCGUUCAAGAACCUUAACAGUCCUGAAGAAGGCCUCAACCGUGCCGACUCCAUACUGGUUGAUACCAAGGAGGAUCAUAGAGUCUCUGUGGCGGUUCUGGAUGAGGAGAUCGACGAGUUCAUCGAGCAGAACAUUCAAAUCAAUUCGAAUAAGGAAAUCCGACGCGAGUACCUAAAUCCCUGGACCCUCAAGUUCAAGGACAAGAGCCAGGAGCAGAAGUUCUGCCAGUUGCGGGAGGAUAUGUUCCGAUCCAAUAUGCUGUGUGUGUUUGUCAUCUGGAUAUUUAUGGUGCUGUGCCAGGUCAUCAUCAUUCCACGCUGCACGCGUCUCAUUAUUUGCCUCUCCGUGGGCACGGUAAUUCUAACUUUUUGUUGCGUCCUGGUCAUGGCCGAGGAGUUUCCAGGUUUACCCCGCUGCCUGAAGACGAACUCUGCGAAAUUGGUACACCAACGGCAGCGUCGCACUCUAUUCAUUUGCGGCGUCAUCGUGUCCAUGUGCAUGCUGAGUGCCAUCGGACUGGUCCUUUGUCCUUCGUCCACCUACAUAGGCACCGCCGACGAGCACUCACGAUUCCUGCGCAUGGUUUCGCCAUACAGCAACACCUCCAUGACGGAGAAGGAGUUCAAGCUGAAUGUCUAUCUGUCGGCCACCAUCCAUCACAAUAUCACAAUUAGCACGCCGGCCAGUGGAGGGCCCACUCCCCUGGUGGAUAUCACAAGUAGUGGUCCCUCCGACGAGUUCGUGAGGAGCACGCUCAAUGCGCUCACUUUGAAUCUGACUCCUUCCCUGCCGCAGUCCCAUCGGCCCUAUACACUGACCACAAAUGGACACAGUGUUUCCCUUAGUAACCUCAGCUAUUCAGAUGCUUCGGUGAUGCAAAGUUACACGGAUGCUGAGGGGCACUGUGCCCAUCCGGAGUACUUGGUGUUCACCUGGGUGCUCUGCCUGGUGUCCUUGGCCACCGCUUUGAAGCUGUACUACCUGGUCAAGGCCCUGAUGGCCUUGUCCAUGGUGGCAUUCUACACCACGCUGAUCAUGAUGAAGUUCGGCUCCGGCGAUAGCUUCAGUUUGGUGGAGCUCUCUAGACUGGGCAUGCCGCUGGGGGUCCAAAUGCUGAUACUGCUAAUAUCCUUCCUGGUGAUGGUCUGCUACCAUGCUAGAUUAGUGGAGGUAACCUCGCGUCUGGACUUCAUAUGGAAGGAACAAGCCGAGCGUGAACUGACCAACAUGAAAUCCAAUCGCGCGCUUAAUGACACAUUAAUUAAGAACAUCCUGCCGGACCAUGUGGCCACCUAUUACCUAUCCGACGAGCACACGGACGAGCUCUACUCCAAGAUGCACAAUCUCUGCGGCGUGAUGUUCGCCUCCAUUCCGAACUUCCAGGACUUUUACUCCGAGGACAUCGACAAUGGCAAGGCCUGCAUUCGUAUUCUCAAUGAGAUUAUCUGUGACUUUGAUGAAUUGCUGGAGGAGCCGCGAUUCGCAUCGGUGGAGAAAAUCAAAACAGUGGGUGCCACCUAUAUGGCGGCAGCGGGAUUAAAUCACGAGCAUCUCAGACUUCGCGGCGAGACCUCUGAGGAUAGUGUCUGCGACCUGGUGGAGUUCGCCUUUGCCAUGAAGCAAAAGCUGGAGGAGAUCAAUGGGGAUGCCUUUAAUAACUUCCAGCUGCGUGUGGGAAUCUGCAGUGGUCCUUUGGUGAGUGGAGUGAUUGGAGCCAGGAAGCCGGUCUACGAUAUCUGGGGCAAUACGGUCAAUGUGGCCUCACGAAUGGACUCCACGGGCGAGAACUGGCGAGUUCAGGUUCCGGAGAACACGGCGGAAUUGCUUUGCUCCAGGGGUUACACGUGUGUGAAACGUGGUGAAAUCGCUGUGAAGGGCAAGGGCAUGAUGACCACCUUUUAUGUGCAUCCCAAGGGAAUAUCGGAGAGCCAGCUCAUCUCACCGGUUCGCAUGCCAGCCGGGAUUCCCCUGGCCCAAACCCCGAAUCUCCAGCGGCAGACCUCCCAUCAUGGAUCCUUCAGUGCCGUGGUUUUCGGAAUGCUUCAGGCGAGCAAACGCAGCACAGCUAUUGCCGGAACACCCACGGGCACUCCUUCUCCGCAAAUCCGUCGAGGACAUCGGGGAAGCACCUUCAGCUCGGUCCGGUUGUCACAAAAGUCCACCACGGUAAAUCCUGUGCGCCGGAAUACAACCCGUGUUCGGGGACGUUCAUAUCGACAGAAAAAGAGUUCCUCCAACAACUCGAUCGUCACGCAGGCCAGCUCCAGCUAUAUGCCCUCGUUCCGACGGAUCGACCAGAUCGAGACGACGAUAUCGAAGAGCCACAACGACGCGUUAUAGCCGAGUACGCGCACUCACUGGGUCUAAGUCGAUCUCAAGGCGAUAGAGUGUCUGAUGAAUUUAUUUUUGGAACGAUUUUAUACAAAUGGAGUUACGCCGGCAUAAGUUUCCAAGUUUGUUGGCUUAACACUGAAAUGAAUGGUGGAGAACGACACUGAAGCUACUUAGUAGAAUUUUUAAAUCACCAUACUUGAAGUUGCAAGAAUUACAUUUAUCUCAGCACAAUUCUAGUCGUUAAACUUAAGAACUGUCGUUUAUAUGUAUGUGUGCGUUUGAAAUCUGUUUAGAGUAAGACAUUUGGAUCUUCCCAAAAAAGCCAACCGUACGAAAUGCCAAUGAACCUACUAGCUUUGUUCAAUUCAACCAAAAUGAGUACCAACUAGUUUUCUAGUACUAGUAGUCAAUUUAACAGCCAGUAAUCAAAUAGAAAAUCAAAUAUUCGUUGUACAAACCGUUUCUUCUGAUCAAAGAGCGGAAAUGUAAAUAAAGUAAGCAUACUUAUGUGUAAAAUAUUUUACGACCAUCUAAAUGUAAUGAGGCGGUGAAGUGUUACUUAUAUGUGAAAUGGAUUUUGGCAAAUAUAAGGUGUGUUACUAUACAGCCAGCACCUAUUUAGCACUUUAAUUGUAAUUAUACAAUUCGUUAUAAAUAAAUGUGAUAAGCAAAACUAACAAAU